AAAUUAAUUAAUUUCAUUUUUCAAAAUUCAAAAUUGUUUAUAAAUUAUUGAAAGCAUAAAUUUACCGUGAAAUCGAUAACUAGCGGAAUAAUUGAUAAAUAAUCAUGUGGGAAUCAGUCGUCAGUGAUUUCUGGAUUUUUCCAGUAAUUCUGGUGAUUAUUUAUGGAAUCUGGAGAUUGAAAAAUUAUCUCCGAGCUGUCAAAUUAGUCUUGACGCUGAAUGGACCGACGAUUGUUCCGUUUUUAGGGAAUACUGGGUAUCUUUAUGAUGAAGAGUUACUUAAAACAAUGUCUCACGUCGCGUAUACCACGUACGGUUCCUUUUUUCGUCUUUGGGUAACAAUAUUUCCAUUCGUCGUUCUCCUGGAGCCUCACGAUAUCCAGCAAGUCCUCGGCAGUCCCAAGCACACGGACAAAGUCCUAUUCUACAAACUGCUGCAUAAUUUUCUCGGCAAAGGACUCAUAACGAGUGAUGUGUCAACAUGGAGAUCCCAUCGCAAGAUACUCCAGCCGAUAUUCCAUGUAAACGUUCUUGAGCAAUUCGUGAGGACCUUCAACCGCUCUGCGAAGACUUUGGUCAAGUGUCUGGAGGGCUCUGGAGAGCUAGGCGUCGAUAUCACUCGUGCCGUCAAUGAUUCUGUUUACGAAAUCCUCAAUGAAACAGUUUUAGGGAACACGAACAAAUCCGAGAUAUCGAACUCGCCCUUCCGGAAGGGUCAGCUCCUCUUCUCCUACCGUUUGACCCAUCCCUGGCUCCUCCCGGACUGGAUCUACCGGAGGACCUCCCACGGGAAGCGCGAGCAGAGCCACAAGGACGAUCUCUCCCUCGCCUGCGAGAAGGUCCUCAAAUCCUCCGAAAAAUCUAAAAGCAUUUCUCUCCUCGAGCUGAUGAUCGAGGCGAAAGGGAAGCACAAGGACUUCUCGAACGAGGACGUGAGGAACGAGUGCUGCACGUUCAUGCUGGCGGGACAGGACUCGGUGGGUUCUGCUGUAGCCCUGACGCUCUUCAUGCUGUCGAAGCAUAAAAAGUGGCAGGAGAGGUGCUAUCAGGAGCUGGAGACGAUUUUCGGAGGGGACCGGAGGGACCCGGGGCUGGCGGACCUGCGGGAGAUGCGCUGCCUCGAGAUGUGCGUCAAGGAGACACUGCGGAUGUACCCGAGUGUUCCUUUCUUCGCUAGGACCCUCGGGGAAGACGUGAAAAUCGGGAAGAAGAUCAUCCCGAAAGGCUGUGGAGUAUUAAUAAUGCCGUACAGCACCCACAGGCUUCCCCACCAUUACCCGAAUCCUCACGAUUUCAAUCCAGAGAGAUUCAACUCGGAAAAUUCAUCUCAAAGGCAUCCCUAUGCUUACCUCCCGUUCAGCGCUGGCCCCAGGAACUGCAUCGGGUACAAAUUCGCGCUUCUGGAGAUGAAGUCGAUGAUCAGCGCAGUUUUACGAAGAUUUCACCUGGACGUGGCGCCUGGGAGGGAGGAAAUUUCACCGAAAUUUCGAGUCACCGUGAGGGUGAAAGGGGGCGUGUGGAUCAAAGCACAUCCCAGAGACAAUUCUGGAGAGGAAAAUUUAGAACAUUAUUGUAGAUAGAAAAAUUGA